UUCCAGUCCCUUUCCGCAACACCGUCGACCACUACCCCUACGCCUACUUCCUCUACACCCCUUCCCUCAUCCUUCCCUCCGCCGCAUCCCGCCUCCUCCGCCAACCCUGGGGAUCCUCUGCUCCUCUCGCCUCCGCGCCGAGUCGGAUCCCCGCGGAAUCGGUGAGUUUGGUCGACGAGUUAGGUCAGAGUGUGUUGUCUGGUUGCGACUGCGAGGCUUGUGGCGGUGUGGGUUCCGACUGCCCUUGUUUGGGCUUGGGUGGGCUGGAUGACGUGGGCAGUGAGUGUGGGCCGGGAUGUGGGUGCGGACCACAGUGCGGAAACCGGUUGACUCAGAAUGGGGUUGCUGUUCGGGUGAAGAUUGUGAGGGAUGCAAGGAAAGGGUGGUGUUUGCAUUCUGACCAGUGGAUUCGGAAAGAGGAGUUCUUGUUUGAGUAUGCAGUGUAUCCAAUACAUCAUACGAAUGUAAAACUGAUUCAUGGUUUCCUGCUUGGAAAAGGCGAACUCUUGACAACCAAGGAAGCGCGGAGGAGACAUCAAUGUUAUGAUGAAAAAUCAUCACAUGGUAGAUUCUCUUCUGCGCUUUUGGUUGUAAGGGAACAUCUUCCAUCUGGAAACGUAUGCUUGAGAUUGAAUAUUGAUGCCACAAGAAUAGGAAAUGUUGCCCGAUUUGUUAAUCAUUCUUGUGAUGGUGGUAACUUGAGCACAAAGCUAAUUAGAAGUUCAGGAGCUUUGUUCCCCCGCCUCUGCUUCUUUGCUUCGAAAGAUAUCCAGAAAGAUGAAGAGCUUACAUUUAGCUAUGGAGAAAUCAGGAAAAAGGCCAAUGGUCUGCCAUGCUUUUGCAGCAGCCCUUCAUGCUUUGGAACUUUGCCUUCGGAAGACACUUGAAACACGUUUUUGUUUAAGGAUAUGGAUUAGUUGUGAAAGGAAUACCGAUGUUUUUGUUGGCAUGAGCUUUUACAAAAUGAGUUAAUGUGGAUAAACUCUUCCUUUAGGUCAACCUCAUUUGACUUGAAUAAAUCUUAAAUAUACCUAGUUUUAAAUGUA